UAAUAAUAUUGAAAAACUUGAAAAAUUCUAUUUAUAUUCUAUACAUAUAUUUGUUAAAUAAUAAAUUGAUACCAAAAAAAUAAUAUGUAACAAAUAUGUGUAUAGAAUAUGCCAAGAAUUUUUCACGUUUUUAUCAGUGAAUUAUUAAUGACAAACUUGUUGUACUAAUUACACUUGAGAAAUAUUGCAGGAUUAUAUCCAGUUCACUCGAUUGGCCCCACUUUUCUUUGCGGUCGAAGCAAAACAAACAAAAUCACGUGACUUGCUUGGAAAUAUAGCGCGAGAGUAUAGUACACGUCUACUGGAAGGGAGGUCCUUAAGAUUUAGGGUUGUACACUUUGAACUCUAACAGCCUGUAUUUGUUUUAAUAUUCGUAUUAAAUUUAAAAAUUUUAAAAUUUUAAACUUUUUUUGUUUCAGUUACUGAUGUCUUGGAGACAUUGAACAUUCCAAAGGAACUUGAAAAUAAUUUCUACUUGAACACUAUGAUGAAUAUCUGAAGAUAAUGACAAUAAUUCAUUGUUGCAAUUUUUAUAACUAUUUUUCAUUAUUUGCAGAUAAUAAAUUGCUCUCAUAAACAAGAGACGUAAAUUAGACAUAGAUUUUGCCAAUCACAUACAGAAUGUUUAUUUAAUUUUUAUUUAUGGUUUGUUUAUAAUUAAGUGUAAAUUACUACAGAAAUGAUCAUAAAUGAGGACAAGGAAAAUUGUAAAAUGUCAAUAUUGACACAGCCCUCUAAUAAUAAAUAAUCACUGACUUAAGAAGAUAAACAAAUGCAACGAACACUCAGAAAAAGAAAAAUCAUUGAUGCGAAAAAUCGUGAUGUGAACAAAUCAUAUUUAGUGUGAACUGUAUUAUGCAAAUAAAUGCAGAUGAAACUUUUGUGACAACUGUUUAAUGAUGGGAAGCAACAUUUGUAGCAAUUAAUAUCAAUAAUUGGAAUCAUCGAAUUUUAUUUGUUAAUACUAUACUAUUUUUCACAAUAACAUAUUUGAAACGUAUAUUAUUGAUAAUAAUUACAUACAUUGUAACAUUACAAUAAUCAUAAUAUUACAGUUAUAAAUGAUAUAAUGUGUUAUACAUGUACACAUGAUAAAAUAGAAUUACCGGCGCAGCAAACUGUAUGGUGCAAUUCCAAUGGCCUUUGAAUACACAUUGGAAGGGGAACCAUUUCUGCGGCACAUUUCUAAGGGUUUGCCAAUUCGAAGAACAGGAUUCUAAAUUUUUGAUGGCUUUUUCGCAAUCAAAUUCAAGAGAAUUGCAAAACAGAAAAAUCUUAGAGGAGUUACAAUUGAAAAAGCAGAUGCUCUUGAAACAAGGCGUAGCUCCAACUUUAAAUACUCCUCUAGCGGUUACACCGGCGGGAUCUCCUUCUAAUUUGCCUUCAACGCAACCUUCUGAUGGCAUUGCAAUGAGCGCGUCGCAAAGAGCUGCCUUACAUAACGCUCAUGCAGCUUCGUCAGGGUAUUUUGUGACACAAGACUCUUCUUUUGGCAAUUUAAUUUUACCUGUUCUGCCCAGAUUUGACAUAAACAAGAGUAAUUAAAUUAAAAAAAUGGCUAGCAUACAGCUCCGUAAGUUAGAAGAAUAUUUGCAACAGCUGGAUGGAUUUGAAAAGCCAAAAGUAUUACUUGAACAGUACUGUACCAGUGCACAUAUCGCAUCCCAUAUGCUGUAUACUGCUCAGACCCAAUUCGAUGAUGUAGAAGGUCAUACAGUAGCGGAUUUAGGAUGUGGAUGUGGUAUUUUGUCUCUUGGAGCACAAAUGUUAGGAGCAAGUCAUACUGUUGGUUUUGAAAUAGAUUCUGAUGCAAUUAACAUUUUUUCUAGAAAUUGCAACGAUACAGAAUUAUUCGUGGAAAUUGUACAAUGUAAUAUACUUCAGUAUUUACCAGGACAAUUCGAAAAAUACUUUGACACGGUUAUUAUGAAUCCACCUUUUGGAACAAAACGUAACGCAGGUGUAGAUAUGAAAUUCCUAGAGAUUGCUACGAAACUCGCAUCCAAUGCUGUGUACUCUUUGCAUAAGACAAGUACGCGCAAUUAUGUACUUCAGAAAGCGGCACAAUUUGAUGCAAAAGGGAAAGUCAUUGCAGAAUUGAGAUACGACCUACCGAAAGCAUACAAAUUUCAUAAGAAAGCCACUAUAGAUGUUCAAGUGGAUUUUAUACGAUUCGAAUUAAAUGGUUGAAAUAUUUUCAAGA